AUGGCCAUCAGAACCAGAUCAAAUCACCUGAAGCACCAGAAGGAUCAUGUGACGCUACAGGCAAGGGAUACAGGGGAAUCACCCGGGCCACAUGACCACUCACCAGGAGCAGCAGUGGUACCUUCGGCGGCCAGCCCUCUCAGAUUCGCCAUGCCCCCCUUGAUCUGUCUUAUCGUGUUGCUUACCCGCCCCCUCCUCUUCCUGUCCCCUCUCUUCCCUCUUUCCCCCUUCACCUGGAGCAGCAGUGGUGGCUUCAGCAGCCAGCCCUCUCAGAUUCGCCAUACCCCCCUUGAUCUGUCACCCCUGCCCCUGAGGGACAGCAGUGGUGGCUUCAGCAGCCAGCCCUCUCAGAUUCGCCAUGCCUCCUUUGAUCUGCCGCAUCAUGCUGCUCACUGCUCCCCCUGCUCCCCCUGUUCCGCCUGUCCCCCCUGCUGCCCCCCCCGCGCUCCCCUGGUUCUCGCCUUCCCCCUGUCCCCCGUCCCCCCCUCUCCCCUCAUCCCCCUUGCUUGUCAUGCGCACCUUGCGCACUGGGGGAUUGGUGGGGGAUUUGGAGGAGAUGGAGGGGAGAUUGGGGGAAGAUGUGAUGAAAACGGCAUGGGGGAGAUUGAGGAGAAACGGAAGAUUGAGGCCGCACCUUGCAGCUUGAGCGUGCCAAUGCUGCGGUUCUUCUUCCGAGCCGACGAGUGGCCGUACGGCGAGAGGGGAGAGCUGGAGAACCCAUGCAGGGGGGACGAGCUCUCAUCUCCGUUUCUCCCUCCUCCUGCUCCUGCUCCCCCUCCUGCCCCUCCUCCUCCCCCCUGCCUGUCACUGGCGUCUGCCACGUUUCGAGCACUCACAGGCACCAGCAUGAGUGGCUGGAGACUGGGAGGGUGCGUGAAUGGGAGGGGAGGGGGAAAAGAGGAGAGAUCAGACCAGAGAGCCAAGACCAGAGAGCCAAGACCAGACCAGAGAGCCAAGACCAGAGAGCCAAGACCAGAGAGCCAAGACCAGAGAGCCAAGACCAGAGAGCCAAGACCAGAGAGCCAAGACCAGAGAGCCAAGACCAGAGAGCCAAGACCAGAGAGCCAAGACCAGAGAGCCAAGACCAGAGAGCCAAGACCAGAGAGCCAAGACCAGAGAGCCAAGACCAGAGAGCCAAGACCAGAGAGCCAAGACCAGAGAGCCAAGACCAGAGAGCCAAGACCAGAGAGCCAAGACCAGAGAGCCAAGACCAGAGAGCCAAGACCAGAGAGCCAAGACCAGAGAGCCAAGACCAGAGAGCCAAGACCAGAGAGCCAAGACCAGAGAGCCAAGACCAGAGAGCCAAGACCAGAGAGCCAAGACCAGAGAGCCAAGACCAGAGAGCCAAGACCAGAGAGCCAAGACCAGAGAGCCAAGACCAGAGAGCCAAGACCAGAGAGCCAAGACCAGAGAGCCAAGACCAGAGAGCCAAGACCAGAGAGCCAAGACCAGAGAGCCAAGACCAGAGAGCCAAGACCAGAGAGCCAAGACCAGAGAGCCAAGACCAGAGAGCCAAGACCAGAGAGCCAAGACCAGAGAGCCAAGACCAGAGAGCCAAGACCAGAGAGCCAAGACCAGAGAGCCAAGACCAGAGAGCCAAGACCAGAGAGCCAAGACCAGAGAGCCAAGACCAGAGAGCCAAGACCAGAGAGCCAAGACCAGAGAGCCAAGACCAGAGAGCCAAGACCAGAGAGCCAAGACCAGAGAGCCAAGACCAGAGAGCCAAGACCAGAGAGCCAAGACCAGAGAGCCAAGACCAGAGAGCCAAGACCAGAGAGCCAAGACCAGAGAGCCAAGACCAGAGAGCCAAGACCAGAGAGCCAAGACCAGAGAGCCAAGACCAGAGAGCCAAGACCAGAGAGCCAAGACCAGAGAGCCAAGACCAGAGAGCCAAGACCAGAGAGCCAAGACCAGAGAGCCAAGACCAGAGAGCUUCUGUCUGCUGCGUUUCAAGCACUCACAGGCACUAGCGGCUGGAGACUGGGGGGUGGAAGUGGGAGCAAGGUGAAGAAGGAAAAAAGGGGGAGGGAGAUGGUGGGGAGAAGGGUUCGUUAUUGCAUGAUACACUCUAAGCAUGGGGCAUGGGGCAUUGGGCAUGAGGCAUGGGGCAUGAGGCAUGGGGCAUGGAGCAUGGGGCAUGGAGCAUGGGGCAUGAGGCAUGGGGCAUGGAGCAUGGGGCAUGGAGCAUGGGGCAUGGAGCAUGGGGCAUGGGGCAUGAGGCAUGGGGCAUGGAGCAUGGGGCAUGGAGCAUGGGGCAUGGAGCAUGGGGCAUGGAGCAUGGGGCAUGGGGCAUGGGGCAUGAGGCAUGGGGCAUGGGGCAUGGGGCAUGGGGCAUGGGGCAUCGGGCAUGGGGCAUGGGGCAUGGAGCAUGGGGCAUGGAGCAUGGGGCAUGGAGCAUGGGGCAUGAGGCAUGGGGCAUGGAGCAUGGUGCAUGGAGCAUGGGGCAGGGAGCAUGGGGCAUGGAGCAUGGGGCAUGGAGCAUGGGGCAUGGGGCGCAUGGGGCAUGGAGCAUGGGGCAUGGAGCAUGGGGCAUGGGGCAUGGGGCAUGAGGCAUGGGGCAUGGGGCAUGGGGCAUGGGGCAUGGGGCAUGGGGCAUGGAGCAGCAUGGAGAUCACAGGUAACGCUCGCAAAGUGGGUUCCAUGUAA